CAUCGCAGCUCCAAGCCGCUCAAAAGGGUACCUACCUACCUCAGGUGGGCAGGGAUACCGGGCACUUCUGAGCGUGAGACACCCUGGCAACGUCCCCAGGUCCAAGCUUGCCCUCCUCCUUGCCGAGCUCAAUCCCGAAAAGGCGGAGCAGCAUACAUCCCCCCAGACACUACACACGGCGCAAGGAGACGGAAACCCACGGCCUUGGAAGCCAAGGUCACGUACCGAUGCAAUAAAUUGACCCGGCCCCCUUCACAAUCCCUCGUGAAGGAUGGCCCUUCCUCUUCUCCGAUUCUCUCUCGCCCUACCGUUUUGUCUCCCGUCUCCAACCCUUCUCUUGGUUGUUCUCUACUGUGUGCGCUGUCAUUGUGGAAGCCACUCGGUCAUCAUUCUCUGAACCUCAACCGGUGCUUGCAUUCCUACUCUCACAGUACUCUCAACUUCCUCCACACCAUUCGCGAUGCCUUCAGCAGCUCUGUAUGCGCGCUCGUUGCGUGCCUACGCCCGGCAUGGCUCUAACCACCCUGCCAUUCUCGCCCGCGCAUUCUCCGCGACAGCGCGGAGACCAGAGAUCAACAAGGUCUAUCCUUCAGCCGCCGAGGCUCUCAAGGACAUGAAGCCCAACUCGACGCUUCUCUGCGGCGGUUUCGGUCUCUGUGGUGUUCCGGACACACUGAUUAACGAGGUUCUGAAGAAGCCCGAGAUUACCGGCAUCACUGCCGUCUCCAACAACGCCGGCACAGACACUUCCGGCCUCGGCCAACUGCUGAAGACCAAACAGAUCAAGAAGAUGGUAGCCAGCUACAUUGGCGAGAAUAAGACCUUUGAGAAGAUGUACCUGACCGGCGAGGUCGAGCUCGAGCUGACCCCCCAGGGCACCCUCGCUGAGCGCUGCGCCGCCGGCGGUAAGGGCAUUCCGGCCUUCUACACCCCGGCUGCCUUUGGCACCGUCGUCCAGACUGGCGAACUACCCCUCCGCAACAAACCCGACGGCUCGCCCGACCAAUUCUCAUACCCCAAGGACGUAAAGGUCUUCAACGGCAAGUCGUACCUCCUCGAGCAUAGCAUCGCUGGCGACUACGCCUUCGUCAAGGCCUAUAAGGCCGACAAGCUCGGAAACUGCCAGUUUCGUCUCGCCGCCAACAACUUCAACGGCGCCAUGGGCCGCAACGCCAAAAUGACCAUUGUUGAAGCUGAGCACAUUGUCGAGCCCGGCGAGAUCUCUCCUGAGGCCGUUCAUCUGCCUGGCAUCUACGUCAAGCGCGUCAUUCAGAGCACGACCGAGAAGAACAUUGAGAAGUAUACCUUUGCCAAGGAUGAGAACGACGCCGACGCCAAGAAGGCCCUCGGCACUGGCGACACAGCCGCCAAGCGCGAGCGUAUCGUCCGCCGCGCCGCAAAGGAGUUCAAGAACGGCAUGUAUGCCAACCUUGGUAUCGGCAUGCCUAUGUUGGCUCCCGGCUUCGUCGGCCCCGAAGUUGAGGUUCAGCUGCAGUCCGAGAACGGCAUCCUUGGCCUAGGUCCGUACCCCAAGAAGGGCGACGAGGACGCCGACCUCAUCAACGCCGGCAAGGAGACCGUCACGCUCAAGCCCGGUGCCGCCGUCUUCGGCAGCGAAGAGAGCUUCGGCAUGAUCCGCAGCGGUCGCAUCAACCUCACUAUCCUCGGUGCCAUGCAAGUCAGCGCUAAUGGCGACCUCGCUAACUGGAUGUUGCCCGGUAAGGUCAAGGGCUUUGGUGGAGCUAUGGACCUCGUCAGCAACCCCAGCGCGACCAAGGUCGUCGUCACAAUGGAGCACACGGAUAAGAAGGGCAAUGCCAAGAUCGUCAAACAGUGCGCUUUCCCCCUGACUGGCAGAGCUUGUGUGUCAAGGAUCAUUACCGAAUUGUGUGUCUUCGAUGUCGAUUUCGCGCACGGCCUGACCCUUAUCGAGAUUGCGGACGGUGUAACGGUAGAUGAGAUUAAGAGCAAGACGGAGGCGCCGUUCACGGUAGCUGACGAUCUGAAGCCCAUGUUGUAAGGCUAGAGCGGUCUGUAGAAUACCCCAGAGGUUGGAUCUGUUAAGGAAUACCGUUAUGGAGGGCAAGCUGUUGGCAUCUAGAGUACGGCGUCAAGUUAGGGACCAAAUUAGCCAUGAAGUUCUUUUUUCUUU